AUGGCUGGAACAGAACGGAUAUUGGUCCUGACGUUCAUUCUCGGAGUUGCGUAUUGUGUAAGUUCAUUUUUUUUUUUUGACUUUACGAUGUUGCACUUGACCUUUGGUUGACCUUGACCGGAAAUGCGAGGAAAACAUGAGUUUUUGGAGUUCGAGAGCUCUGAAAUUGGAGGUGAAGUUUGUUGUUGAGUUGAUGCAACUUUCUAGACCACUUCGAGAGAGAUAUUCUUCAAAAUUUUUGUUGAUUUUGCCUCUCAGGAAUUUCACUUGAUGUCUUAGAGAAAUUUGAUAUUUUUACAGGUGAAUGGUUUGUUUUGCAGGUAUUUUUUUUGUUUUGUGGCAAGAUUAUGGCUUUGUGCAGGUUCCAAGAGAACUUUCUGCCCAGCUAAUCAUUUUAUUUUUGAAAUUUCAGCAAAAUUAUAUUGCACUUGACCUCUAAACUCCAAAUUGUUACGUUUUUCUGGUUUUCCCCUUUUCCUUUAACUUUUUUUUUGUUUCAGGAGAUCAACAAGACAGCAUGCGGUGUUUCGGUGCAUUGUGACAGCUCCGACGGCUUCGAUGUUGCAUACAGAGUGGAUCCGGAGAAGAAGAAUGUCUUGUUCGAAGUGUCCGCAAAGAAGACAAAGCCCGAAGAUAACUAUGUUGCAAUUGGAUUUUCAGAUGAUGAUUCUAUGGUACGUUAUCAGAAACUUCUAUUCCACCAAUUUUUUUAUACAUAAUCAUCAUGAGUAAUAUAAUUGAUGUCUAGUAUAACAUUCUUCUUCCUUUAGGGAAACGAAAAGGUUAUUUCAUGCUAUAAAUUGUUUGGCGAGGCGGUUGCUCGGAACAGUUUCAACAAUGGCCGACAACAUACGAUGGCUCCCAAUGAGUAUGUCCAUUCGGUCGCCUUGAUCCAGUUCACCGAAGAUGAUGAUCACCUCUACUGCUCAUUCGAGCAACCAAUUACCAGCCUAAGAGAGGAUGAGUACACUCCGAAAUUGAAUGGCACAUACAACUUGCUCAUGGCCACUGGGCCAGUGAAUAGUGAAGGUACCAUUUUUGAGAUUUUUUUUUGUUUUUAGAAUUGUUGUUAGUUUGAAGAAUAAUUUGUCGAUAUUCAGUCAAGAACGACGUCCAUUUGAUCUUCCAUAGCAAUAGAGCGGUUAUGCCGAAGGCUCAUAUCUUGACGAAGAGAACCCCGGACAUGCCUGAGGAAACUGCCAAAGUUGAAGCUGACGCCGUCGAGCCUGAGGGCAAAUUUGAAGAACCUACGAAGCCGCAGGAAUCCCAGCCCGGAUCAGGCCCAUUCAGUUUGUCCAAGUCGGCCAAAUUGUUGCUCUUGAGAUACCAUGGUAAGAAGGAGAUAUUUUUGCUUUUUGAAUUGUAUUUUAGGUGAAAUUGAGUGGUCUAUCGAAUAUUUGAGUUAUUAUGGAUCUUUGUAAGGCCGUAGGGAGGAUGUUUUUGGCGAUUUUUGAUGAUUUUUGGACUUGAAACAGAAUGCCAAGAUUUUGCGGAAUUUUUAAAUUUGAAUUUUGACCUAUAAAAUUUAUGGCUAUGGAAGUAAUAAGAGCUGAAAAUGAAUUAUAAAGUAAAAUCAGAUACAAUUUCGAUCUUUUUCAGGUGUUCUCAUGCUUUUUGGCUGGUUCGGAUUCCUGUAUUCCGGAAUCUUCGCAGCUCGUUAUAUGAGAUCCCUGUGGCCGAAAACCACCGUCGGAGGCAUCCGAAUUUGGUUCCAUGUGAGUUUACAACCCUUUUGAUUGGUGAUUUUUGACAUUUAGAUCCAUCGCCUUAUGAAUUCGAUUGGAAUUGUGCUGAUUGCGAGCAGCAUUGUUUUGGUCUAUAUUUCCCAGGACUUGAGGUGGACUGGUCCGGCGAUUUCAAACCCAAGUGAAGUCAACACGGCGCCUGGAGCAAUUCACAGUCUUGUGAGUAAUUUUGAACGUAUUUUAGGACAUUUUGAAGACAUUUUUGAAAAAAUUUUUGAUCUAGUUUUUUUAUCUAACGUUUUUUUUUAUCUAAAAUAAUGUUUUGUACCAUUUUAUGCGAUUAUUUUUAGAUUGGAGCCAUCUCUGUACUCCUGGCCUUCUCUCAGCCUCUCGGUGCCCUCACCAGAUGCCGUGUCGAUCAUCCACGUCGCAGAAUUUUCAACUUUUUCCAUCGAGGAAUCGGAUUCUUGGCCGCACUUUUGGCCCUGUCCGCCGCGAUUAUUGCCGUCUUCUAUUUCAAGGGACUAUGGCAGGAUCAAACGAUCACUAUCUGGGUAUUAUUGGCCUUCAUUUUCCUGGCUGUGAUUGUCGCUGUCAUCCAGGAAGUGGUCAAAUACCGAGAUGAGAAUGAACAGCAACGAAUUGUGGCCAUCGAAAUGAGAAAUCGAAGCAAAAGCGCUGUCCCUUCGGAUGUUUACUACUUCCGGUAGGUAUUUUAAGGAUUGUAGAGAAAUUUUGGAUAUCAAAAAAAUGAUCGAUGUUGUUUUAGACAUCAAAAUUUUGGGUUGGAAGUAAUUUUUUUUUGAAAUUUUUUUGAUUUUUUAAAUUUUUCCAAUUUCAGCGAACGCCAAGCCCACUCAGACCGCCACCGAAGAGCCACCGUCGCCCUGUUCCUGGCCUACGCCCUAGCCGGCUUCGUUGCCGCCACUGUCCUCACAUACUUCAUCCUAAGCGCCUAA